CAGAACAUACUGCCGCUGGAGCCUGGAGCAUAGACCCAGUCCACCCGCACGCACGCGUCCUCCUCCAUCGGGAUCUCCCCGCCUCCAGCGAGCGAAAUGCCCGCGCCGCCGCCCCCAUCGGCCGCCGUUCCCCGCCGCCGCUGGCAGAGCCGCCUCAGCCCCACGCUCGUGCGUGAUCGCUGCUACACGCGCUCCUUCCACUCCGCGGGACUCCGCCCGGCGGCCGUCCCACUCCCUGACGGCGCCGUUGUGCACCUAUGGCUCCCGCCCACCGCCGCCACUGGGGCCAACCCCCUGCACCCGGUCCUCCUCUUACACGGAUUCGGCGCGACUGCCACCUGGCAGUGGGCCCCCUUCCUCCGCCCGCUCCUCGCCGCCGGCCUGGCCCCCUACGUCCCGGACCUCAUCUUCUUCGGCGCCUCCGCCUCCCCCGCAGCCGACCGCUCCCCGGCCUACCAGGCCGCCUGCAUCGCCGCCGCCAUGACGGCGCUCCCCUCCGCACCGCAGCGGUACGCCGUCGUCGGCGUUAGCUACGGCGGGUUCGUCGCGUACCACCUCGCCCACGCGUUCCCAGAGGCGGUGGAGCGGCUCGUGCUCAUCGCGGCGGGAGUGUGCCUCGAGGAGGCCGACCUGGCCGCGGGGCUCUUCGCCGUCGAGGACAUCGCCGAGGCAGCCAGCCUGCUGCUGCCGCAGCGGCCGGAGGAUCUCAGGAGGCUCGUGGGGCUCACCUUCUGCCGCCCGCCGCGGUUCAUGCCGUCCUGCUUCAUCAGGGACUACAUCAGGGUAAUGUGCACUGAAAACGUGAAAGAGAAGACUGAGCUGUUAUAUGUGUUGAUCAAUGGUAGGAAGCUUUCAGACCUUCCUAAAAUUAGCCAGCAAACCUUGAUAAUUUGGGGAGAGCAAGACCGGGUCUUCCCAUUGGAACUUGGCCUACGGCUGAAGAGGCAUCUGGGUGAUACAUCAGAACUAAUCGUAGUCAAGGAUGCCGGCCAUGCCAUAAACCGUGAAAAGCCAGCAGAACUUUGCAGACUUAUAAAGAACUACAUCGUUGAUCCCUCAGUCAAAUAUCGGGAUGACCGCAAGGGAUCUUGGAAGAAUGCGAUAAAGAGGUUUGUUGGGUCGAGCCUGAGAAAGGUGGACUCUUCGCGACCGCUGCUAUAGCACGUAAAUAUACCGACUUGGCGACUUCAAUGGUGCAUGAGAUUUUCAGUUUAUUUGAUUCUCUGAUUCUGACGAACAGACGAAGUGUACUUUCACCAUUCUGUAACAUGUACGCUUGCUUUGUCUGAGGAAGUCCCUGCUGGUUGCAUCUGACGAUGAAGAAGGAAAACGUAAGAAUUGGGCCAUAUAUAGGAUAUAACUGAGUACUGUACAAAAUUAGCAGUCUAGAUUCAGACAGACAGCUAGGCCUGACCUGUAAUAGGCCUAUUGUAUCCGGCCCAAUGCAUUGACACGAUUGUUAUUGUUGUUGUUGUUUACUAAUAAUAAAGCUAGUGCCUGGUGGUUGACUGGGGUUUCUCUGGU